AUGACGUCCAAUGACUUCCGUCUGGAACGGAACGUAGAACUAUCGAAAGAGACCAAAGCCAUCGCUGAAGAAGAGUUAAGAGAGACCCCAGAAAGAGUAAAGGAGGCUUUGGAAAGACUGAGAGAGUUGUUGAAAGAGAACAAAGACUUAUACUUCGGUGAUGAUGAUGAAAUCCUCACUAUAUUCCUACGUCCCUGCAAGUGGUAUCCAGAGAGUGCAAUUGCCCUUUACUGGGGUAAUGUCAAAGGGCAAUGCAUAUCAGCGUCUAUCGUCCUACGUGACACAAAUAAACUCCGCUUCCUCUAUUAG